AUGUUUAGAAGUAUUUUGGCCCUGUCUCUAAGAAAUGGCAAUAUUUCUGAUAAGUUUAUAAGAAACAUGUCAUUUAAAAGUAAUUUAUCUUUAGAUAUUUUAUAUCCAAAUAGUGUUGAUCUUAAACCGUUCAAACCUCCCGAUAAUCCAGAAGGGAAAUUUUCAGGUUUUAUACCUAUAAAAGAUCUUGAUAUAAAGUAUACAAAAUCUAGUGGUCCAGGAGGUCAAAAUGUAAACAAAAGAGAUACCAAAGUUGACAUAAGAUUUCAUGUUAAAAGUGCUACUUGGAUCAGUGAAGAUACUAAACAAAAAUUAUUAGAGAAGUAUUACACUAGAGUAAAUAAAGAUGGUUAUUUUGUUAUAAAAUCUGACAAAACGAGGAGUCAAGAUUUAAAUAGAGCUGAUGCUCUUUCUUACAUUAGAAGCAUAAUUUUUAAAUUAGAAGAACCUGAAAAAGAAACAAGUCCUGAAACCAUUGAAAAACAUAGAAAAAAUAAAGAAAAAGCUGCCAGACAAAGAUUAAUGGAAAAAAGAAGUCGUUCUCUACUGAAGAUGUAUAGAUCUGGUGGUUGA